UGGGACGUACAUGGCCAAAGAUGAGAUUGGUAGAGGGAGGACCAUCGAUGUGGGGGAAUGGGUCAUGAAAGAGGUAUCGAAGCCACGAAAUCAAGCCGAUUACGCCGCACAAGAGGAGAGCUAG